AUGGAGAAACUAACAGCGCCUGAUACGGGCGCAUUGUCGGAUGAAGACAACGAAAGGUCGGGCAACGAGGACCUGCCAUCGGUUGGUUCGGCUUCAGACGAAGACGAGGAUGAAGAAGAGGACGAUAGUAACGAUAGCGAGGACGAGAGAAUCACGGAAGAGCGUCUUGCUCGAACGUACAUCAAACCGGGAGCACGUGAUCGUGCGCAUAAGAGGAACAAAUGGUAA